GGAAUAUGUUUCCUUUAGAUAUAACAAUAUCUGCUCAGUAGAGAGCUGAGGGAAGCUACACCACAGGUGGCAUGAGGUAUUGCUCAGUGAGAGAGAAGAAUUUUGCACAUAAGCGACAGCAGGUCACCUCCUCCUUCAGAGGUCGUUUAAUGGGCUGAUAACAUUCAGAGUGAGUUCAAUUCCCAGGGUGGCGUUGAUGAGCAAUCCCUCCAUCUGAAUGUUCCUGAAGCACCAAUCAAUCAGAAUCGACUUUAUUGGCCAUCAUCGUGCACACUGAAGGCAUUUCACUUUGCUUACAGCAGGUUGGCAGAUCUGCUUCACGGCUCUAACUGCCAACCUGACGACGCGAAGAUGAACGACUGUUUGGAGAAAAAUGAGGACGGAGCAAAACCUGCAGGAUCCAUGAGGAGCAACUGGUCCAAAGAUUCACCCCCAUACUUCAGCGAUGGACCUGGAUCACCAGAAACAGGGCCUUCUGGAAUCAAGCAGAGGAAACACAUCGAGGAGGAGGAGGAGGAGCAGGACACUGUCUCCAGCAGCUGUGAUGUCAUCCUGGAGAAGCUUCUAGAGGAACAUAAGAUCCAUCUGAGGAGGAGAUGUGAACAUGUGACUGAAGGAAGUGAUGAAACAGGAAGUAGAACCCUCCUCAACAGGAUCUACACUGAUCUCUACAUCACCGAGGGACAGAGUGAAGAGGUUAAUACCCAACAUGAGGUGAAGCAGCUGGAGAGAGCUUCCAAGAUCCAGAACCUCCAUGAUUCUCCAAUCAGGUGCCAGGACAUCUUCAAAGCCUUCCCUGACCAACAUGGAGCCAUCAGAGUGGUUCUGACCAACGGCGUCGCUGGUGUUGGAAAAACCUUCUCAGUGCAGAAGUUCACUCUGGACUGGGCAGAGGGCUUGGAGAACCAAGAUGUCAGGGUGGUGGUUCUGCUUUCCUUCAGGGAGCUGAACCUGAUCAGAGAUCAGCAGCACAGUCUUCUCACGCUGCUCCAUGUUUUCCAUCCAACCCUCCAGAAGCUCCCAGCAGAGAAGCUGGCUAUCUGGAAGCUUCUCUUCAUCUUUGACGGUCUGGAUGAAAGCAGACUUUCUCUGGACUUCAACAACAGUCUGAUUGUUUCUGACGUCACACAGAAGUCAUCAGUCAACGUUCUGCUGAUGAACCUCAUCGAGGGGAACCUGCUUCCCUCGGCUCUGGUCUGGAUAACUUCCAGACCUGCAGCAGCCAAUCAGAUCCCUCCUUCCUGUGUUUCCAGGGUAACAGAAGUACGAGGCUUCAGCGACGCCCAGAAGGAGGAGUACUUCAGGAGGAGGUUCAGUGAUGAAGAGAUGUCCAGCAGGAUCAUCUCCCACAUCAGGACCUCCAGGAGCCUCCACAUCAUGUGUGGGAUCCCAGUGUUCUGCUGGAUCACUGCUACGGUUCUGGAGAACCUGUUGACCACAGAGCAGAGAGGAGAGCUGCCCAAGACCAUGACUGACAUGUACUCACACUUCCUGCUGGUCCAGACCAGGAGGAAGAAGAACAAGUACCAUGAAGGACAUCAGACGAGUCCACAGGAGCUGAUGGAGGCUGACAGGGAAGUUCUCCUGCAGCUGGGGAGGCUGGCGUUCGAACAUCUGGAGAAAGGAAACAUCAUGUUCUACCAAGAAGACCUGGAGCAGUGUGGUCUGGAUGUCACAGAGGCCUCAGUGUUCUCAGGAGUUUGUACAGAGAUCUUCAAAAGAGAGAAGGUGAUCUUCCAGAAACCAGUCUACAGCUUUGUUCACCUGAGCAUCCAGGAGUUUCUGGCUGCGCUCUACAUGCUCCACUGCUUCACCAGCAGGAACACAGAGGUGGUGAGAAACUUCCUGGGAGUUGAGGAGGAUGAUGAGUAUGGUGAUGAAGAAGACAGUGACUGAUAUCUGGGAAGGUCGGUUCACCUCACUGCCUGAUCUUUUGCAGAUGAUCAUAAAAAAGUCCUGGACAAGUCCAAAUGGCCACCUGGACCUGUUUGCUCGCUUCCUUCAUGGCCU